AUGAUUCCAGACGCUCUCCGCGCUCGAUAUUAUUCGGGCCCUUGCUGUUCGACAAUUGCCGUCGUCCCAGAUACGAUGUGUGACACCACAUUUCAAAUCGACCACGGCUUCCCGAAUGCUGCAGCAGAUUCGUACGAAUUCCGGCCUGCAGACUUUGAAAUGGACCUGUUGAUGCGGACUCUGAACGAGAACCCGGAUUUCUUUGACUCGGCAGCUUUUCUCGCUCCUGCAAUGCCAAUGACAACCUUGCAGAAUGGCUACGAAGACGACUUUGGAACAAAUGACGAACCACAGAUGUACGCCACAGAGUUUUACGAGCCAAAGUAUGAUCCUACCAGUCAAACACCGGUUGGCAGCCCCGAUCCUCCAUUAUCCGGGCAAGGUCCAGCUCAGUUUGAAGAGUUCUCGUUAGCAACGCAAUUACCUGGACUGAACGAUUAUACUGGCACCUACGCAAUACCUGACACCACACACCAGGCUCAUCACGUCCGUCGGUGUGGGAUUCCGUCGGAAACGGGUGGAGGAGACGUUGUGGUCGCCUACUGCGGUCUGCCAUGGUGGACUCUUCCGACAUUCCAGUCCUACGAGCCGUACUCAGCGCAGUACUUCUUUACCACGCCACCAGACACUCCACCAAACAUCUAUCCGCCGGUUCCGUCGCUACCGAUGCCGUCUGGUCCAUGUAUGCGUCAACCCACGUCGUCCAACUCUGAUCCCACGCCUACCAUUCGAAAACUGCUCCAGCAAAAGAAGAAGCGCAUUACGGCAGUUCCGUGCCACAUCAACUCUGUGUGCACCACGUGUCAAACCCGGACCACCUCACUUUGGCGUCGAAACCAUCUUGGAGAAAUCGAGUGCAAGUGA